UUGUGACAUGUCGCGGGGGAUGAAUUUGCGAACAUAGUUGUCUCCAAAAAGAAUCAUUUUUAUAAUCUUUUACAAAUUUAUCUUGAACUUUUAUCCUUUAGCCUACUAGUCAGCUCUCUGGAGAUUCGGGAUUCCUGUGAAAGUGGGGAAGGAGAGCCGGAAGCAAGACGCUAUGUUUUUGCAUUCCACCCCUUUCAAGCUUGACGUCACUUGUCAAAUAAAAGUGUCAGGAGCUGUUAAAUCGAACCAAUCACAGCCGUCAGAAAAGUAAACAAAAUGACCAACGUGCAACAAGCCGCCGAUCAAAAUACUCGCUUGACGCAUGAACCCGUGAAUUUUAGAAAUAUUUGCACAUUACAAAUAGAGCGUAUUUACAAAUGGAGAGAAUGUAAACUUAACACCAACAAAAACAGCAAUUAUAAGCACACUCCACACGCAAGUAAACGACUUCAGUCGAAUUUGGAAGGUUGUGCUAACAAACCCCACCCCCUGGGGAUGGAAGAUGGCAGCAUUCAAGACACAAGUAUCACGGCUUCGUCACAUUGGAUUGAACCGGGUCACAACCCUCACCACGCGCGUCUAAACAAUCAGCCAGUGAGUGGACAACACAUAGGCGCAUGGGCAGCCAAGUAUAAUCAAAAAGGCGAGUACCUAGAGGUGGACCUGGGCCAAGUCACGUGGAUUACCCAUGUAGCAACGCAGGGGCGCCCGAAAGGAACAGGUUCUAUCCAUUGGGUGACCGAGUACAGUGUGGAGUACAGUCUGAAGGGAGAUCAGUGGCAGAGUUACCAAGACGGGAAUGGUGUGAUUAAGGUUUUCCAUGGCAACUCAGAUAUGACCACUGUGGUGAAGAACGAGUUCUCCCCUGUCAUCCAAGCGCGUUACGUCAGGAUUGUAGCACAUGCUUGGUAUGGUUAUAUCGCUAUGAGAGCGGAGUUUUACGGAUGUGCAGCUUGACUUAGUUAGGUAAAUGUUUUAGAUGUGGCUACUCUUAGAUGCGGGUGAAAUAUGGAAUGUGAUAUUCUCCUUAAAAUGAAAAAACCCAAUAAGGGUGUUUCAAAGGUAACCCACGUAUAUGACUGUUGCAAAGUAGUUGCUACACGAGUCCAGCUCACCCGCAACACGAUGGUAAAAUUAAAUAGAAACACUGUAUUUACUUGAAAGCUUUUAUUCGAGCUCGAGAUUGUAAAAGUUUACAUGCUAAAAAAGGAUUUCAGAGAAAAAACCCGCUUUAGAGACAGUAUUCGGACUGAUUUUGAUAGAUAGAAAUAAUGGUAAAUUAUUCACGUCAAUGUUAGCGAUCAGUGAAGAACACACAGAAAAAAACAACAGAACCCUUAGCUUGUACAUGCCGCAAUAUUAAUGAGUGCGGCCGAUAUUAAUCUUCGCACUUGUACACAUAAUGAAUUAGAGGUUCAAAUAAAAGAAAAUUUAGACACUUA